ACCGUUAAGUGCAAACGGCCGCACCAGCUAGGCUUUUUUUUUGCCACCCCUAAUUCCAACCACCUUUAUGGCAAAAAGUCCAAGAGCGAUAGCACUUCCUUUCUCUACCUCAUGCUCGAAGGGCUUCGGGCUCGGAUCGCCUUCACUGGAUGAUGGCACAUGCAGAUGCUUCACCAGAGCCAAAACAGAAGUCACCUUCAACAGAUAUGCUUGCAGCGCGAUCGGCUUGACGCCAAGAGAAGAAGGUGGAAUUGAGGGCAUUAAUCUGAGCAGUUACCUCGCAGAGGAGAGCGUGCGAGGUGUCGUCGGACGACGGAAGGGAAAUCUCUGGCUCCUCUUUAAUUUCUUCAUCCUAUUUUCGCUUUUGUCGUUUCCUCUCAAGGAGGUCCUGUCUUGGCGCCUCUACAGCUCCAUCGACAGGCAAGUGCAGUUGUUUGGCGGCAGUCGCAUCAAAUUUUCGCGGCCAAGAGUUGUCGAUGCAGACACGAUGGAAGACGACGCCGGAGGAAGAGCUUUCGUUAAGUUCUUCACUGCAGAGAUUCUGGAUGUCUUUGAAGGAGAAUGGCAAUGGCGACGCCGAGGUAUUGUGAAUCCGCAGUAUUGAUUUACUACUAUCCCAAGGCAGCCACAUUGAUGGUGGUGGAGAUCAAUCGAGAAAUUUUUCAGGUGGAUUUCAACAACCGCAACAACCAAAGGUGUAGAAGUCAAGAAACCAGAUGAACAAGU